AUGGGAUUGUUCGGGCCAAAGAGCAAAAAUAACGAGGAAAAUAGUUCCACGGGGGAAGGUAUUUUGGAAAUUGAUGUUGUAUUAAAAUAUUUAGACUCGUGCUCAAGCGCAGAAAGGCACGCAAUUAUAGCUAAGUAUAUGUCUAGCUCAGAGAGCGAUGAGAGCGAGCAUCCCCGAGAUGAUCGCACGGACGGCGUAGACAAAUCAAUAGAUACCGCGCCCACACUCUCAAAUCUAGUAGAACUUUUAAACCCAAAUACAAGUUCCAAUAUGGCCCCCCCUACACAAGAAACACACACUAGCACAUCAAAUGCUCAGACAACAACACAAUACGCUAUACCGCAGGGCAGCGCUAGCACAUCAAAUGCUCAGACAACAACACAAUACGCUAUACCGCAGGGCAGCGCUAGCACAUCAAAUGCUCAGACAACAACACAAUACGCUAUACCGCAGGGCAGCGCUAGCACAUCAAAUGCUCAGACAACAACACAAUACGCUAUACCGCAGGGCAGCGCUAGCACAUCAAAUGCUCAGACAACAACACAAUACGCUAUACCGCAGGGCAGCGCUAGCACAUCAAAUGCUCAGACAACAACACAAUACGCUAUACCGCAGGGCAGCGCUAGCACAUCAAAUGCUCAGACAACAACACAAUACGCUAUACCGCAGGGCAGCGCUAGCACAUCAAAUGCUCAGACAACAACACAAUACGCUAUACCGCAGGGCAGCGCUAGCACAUCAAAUGCUCAGACAACAACACAAUACGCUAUACCGCAGGGCAGCGCUAGCACAUCAAAUGCUCAGACAACAACACAAUACGCUAUACCGCAGGGCAGCGCUAGCACAUCAAAUGCUCAGACAACAACACAAUACGCUAUACCGCAGGGCAGCGCUAGCACAUCAAAUGCUCAGACAACAACACAAUACGCUAUACCGCAGGGCAGCGCUAGCACAUCAAAUGCUCAGACAACAACACAAUACGCUAUACCGCAGGGCAGCGCUAGCACAUCAAAUGCUCAGACAACAACACAAUACGCUAUACCGCAGGGCAGCGCUAGCACAUCAAAUGCUCAGACAACAACACAAUACGCUAUACCGCAGGGCAGCGCUAGCACAUCAAAUGCUCAGACAACAACACAAUACGCUAUACCGCAGGGCAGCGCUAGCACAUCAAAUGCUCAGACAACAACACAAUACGCUAUACCGCAGGGCAGCGCUAGCACAUCAAAUGCUCAGACAACAACACAAUACGCUAUACCGCAGGGCAGCGCUAGCACAUCAAAUGCUCAGACAACAACACAAUACGCUAUACCGCAGGGCAGCGCUAGCACAUCAAAUGCUCAGACAACAACACAAUACGCUAUACCGCAGGGCAGCGCUAGCACAUCAAAUGCUCAGACAACAACACAAUACGCUAUACCGCAGGGCAGCGCUAGCACAUCAAAUGCUCAGACAACAACACAAUACGCUAUACCGCAGGGCAGCGCUAGCACAUCAAAUGCUCAGACAACAACACAAUACGCUAUACCGCAGGGCAGCGCUAGCACAUCAAAUGCUCAGACAACAACACAAUACGCUAUACCGCAGGGCAGCGCUAGCACAUCAAAUGCUCAGACAACAACACAAUACGCUAUACCGCAGGGCAGCGCUAGCACAUCAAAUGCUCAGACAACAACACAAUACGCUAUACCGCAGGGCAGCGCUAGCACAUCAAAUGCUCAGACAACAACACAAUACGCUAUACCGCAGGGCAGCGCUAGCACAUCAAAUGCUCAGACAACAACACAAUACGCUAUACCGCAGGGCAGCGCUAGCACAUCAAAUGCUCAGACAACAACACAAUACGCUAUACCGCAGGGCAGCGCUAGCACAUCAAAUGCUCAGACAACAACACAAUACGCUAUACCGCAGGGCAGCGCUAGCACAUCAAAUGCUCAGACAACAACACAAUACGCUAUACCGCAGGGCAGCGCUAGCACAUCAAAUGCUCAGACAACAACACAAUACGCUAUACCGCAGGGCAGCGCUAGCACAUCAAAUGCUCAGACAACAACACAAUACGCUAUACCGCAGGGCAGCGCUAGCACAUCAAAUGCUCAGACAACAACACAAUACGCUAUACCGCAGGGCAGCGCUAGCACAUCAAAUGCUCAGACAACAACACAAUACGCUAUACCGCAGGGCAGCGCUAGCACAUCAAAUGCUCAGACAACAACACAAUACGCUAUACCGCAGGGCAGCGCUAGCACAUCAAAUGCUCAGACAACAACACAAUACGCUAUACCGCAGGGCAGCGCUAGCACAUCAAAUGCUCAGACAACAACACAAUACGCUAUACCGCAGGGCAGCGCUAGCACAUCAAAUGCUCAGACAACAACACAAUACGCUAUACCCAUUAAAGAGGAGCCUCGUGACAAUUGGGAAGAUGUUGCCAACGAGAGUGUCGAACCGGGGGUCUCGGUCAAAACCGAAAACUCUGAUGAAUCAUCGGCAAAUCCCACCAAUGACUGUAUUUCGUCGCAGCAGAAGGAAGAUGAGGAUAUUCUGAUAGAUUGCGAGAGCGUAUUGGUAAAACAGGAACAUAAGCCCUCAUUGACGACCAUCUGCCAACCUACUGUAAAGGAAGAAGAUCCAACAAAUGACUCGAAUGGAAAAAGGCUUACAAUUUUAAUUAAAAAAGGAUUCGAUUAUGAGAAGAACCAUCGAUUUACCAUUGGGGAAGAAUCGAAUUUAACAAGACAAAUAGAAACGACGAAUAAGGACGAUGGAUCACAUGAAUUAGAAAUUUGCAAAACCGAAAACUCUGAUGAAUCAUCGACGAAUGAAUCAUCGGAUGGAAUUUCGAUCGAAUUGGAGACCGAAAAUGUAAAACUUGAACCUAAGCCCUCAUUGACGACCAUCUGCCAAGCUACUGUAAAGGAGGAAAAUCCGGGGUUCUCGGUGAAAACUGAAAAAUCUGAUGAAUCAUCGACGAGUGAAUCAUCGGAUGAAAUUUCGAUCGAAUUGGAGACCGAAAAUGUAAAACUUGAACCAAAGCCCUCAUUGACGACCAUCUGCCAAGCUACUGUAAAGAAGGAAAAUCCGGGGUUCUCGGUGAAAACUGAAAAAUCUGAUAAAUCAUCGACGAGUGAAUCAUCGGCAAAUCCCACUAAUGACUCUACGAUGGAAGAGGAGCCUCGUGACAAUUGCGAAGAUGUAGCCGACGUGAGUGUCGAUCUGGCGUUCUCGGUGAAAACUGAAAACUCUGAUGAAUCAUCGACGAAUGAAUCAUCGGAUGAAAUUUCGAUCGAAUUGGAGACCGAAAAUGUAAAACUUGAACCUAAGCCCUCAUCAACGAACAUCUGCCAAACUACUGUUAAGGAAGAAAAUCCAACAAAUGACUUGAAUGGGAAAAGGCUUACAAUUUUAAUAAAAAAAGGAUUCAAUUACGAUAGUAAUCGUAAAUUUACCGGAGAAGAAGUGACUUCAACAAGCCAAAUGAAAACGACACAUAAGGGCAUUGGACCACUUGAAUGUGAAAUUUGUCAUAAAUCAUUUUCACUUAAAGAGGAGCCUCGUGACAAUUGGGAAGAUGUUGCCAACGAGAGUGUCGAACCGGGGGUCUCGGUCAAAACCGAAAACUCUGAUGAAUCAUCGACGAAUGAAUCAUCGGAUGAAAUUUCGAUCGAAUUGGAGACCGAAAAUGUAAAACUUGAACCUAAGCCCUCAUUGACGACCAUCUGCCAAGCUACUGUAAAGGAGGAAAAUCCGGGGUUCUCGGUGAAAACUGAAAAAUCUGAUGAAUCAUCGACGAGUGAAUCAUCGGAUGGAAUUUCGAUCGAAUUGGAGACCGAAAAUGUAAAACUUGAACCUAAGCCCUCAUUGACGACCAUCUGCCAAGCUGCUGUAAAGGAGGAAAAUCCGGGGUUCUCGGUGAAAACUGAAAACUCUGAUGAAUCAUCGACGACUGAAUCAUCGGCUAAUCCCACUAAUGACUCUAUGAUGAAAGAGGAGCCUCGUGACAAUUGCGAAGAUGUAGCCGACGUGAGUGUUGAUCCGGGGUUCUUGGUGAAAACUGAAAACUCUGAAGAAUCAUCGUCGAAUGAGUCAUUGGAUGAAAUUUCGAUCGAAUUGGAGACCGAAAAUGUAAAACUUGAACCUAAGCCCUCAUUGACGACCAUCUGCCAAGCUGCUGUAAAGGAGGAAAAUCCGGGGUUCUCGGUGAAAACUGAAAAAUCUGAUGAAUCAUCGGCAAAUCCCACUAAUGACUCUACGAUGGAAGAGGAGCUUCGUGACAAUUGGGAAGAUGUAGCCGACGUGAGUGUCGAUCUGGCGUUCUCGGUGAAAACUGAAAACUCUGAUGAAUCAUCGACGAAUGAAUCAUCGGAUGAAAUUUCGAUCGAAUUGGAGACCGAAAAUGUAAAACUUGAACCUAAGCCCUCAUCAACGAACAUCUGCCAAACUACUGUUAAGGAAGAAAAUCCAACAAAUGACUUGAAUGGGAAAAGGCUUACAAUUUUAAUAAAAAAAGGAUUCAAUUACGAUAGUAAUCAAAACCAAGUGUACUUAAAGCGCACGUGA